AUGGCUACAUCCAACUCGCCCAGGCGGUUUGCGCCUCUCAAGACUGGAAGCUCGUCUGAUGCGCCCAAGCUCCAGGGCAUCGUCUUUGACAUGGAUGGGACCCUCUGUGAGCCCCAAAACUACAUGUUUGGAGAGAUGCGCGCCGCCCUCGGCAUCACAAAGGCCGUCGAUAUCAUCGACCACAUGAACUCCCUGCCCGAGGCCGAGCAGCCCGCCGCCCACGCCGCCGUGCAGGCCAUUGAGCGCACCGCCAUGGCCGAGCAGGCGCCGCAGCCCGGCCUCGACGUCCUCAUGCGGUACCUCGACGACCGCGGUGUCCAGAAAGCCAUCUGUACGCGCAACUUCAACGUCCCCGUCGACCACCUCCUCGGCAAGUUUCUCGCCUACACGACGUUUGCGCCCAUUGUCACCCGCGACUUUUCGCCCCCGAAACCCUCGCCUGCGGGCAUCCUGCACAUUGCCGAGCAGUGGGCGCUGCGGCGGCAAGGGGAAGGGGGGCAUGCGGAUGCGACGGGGCUCAUCAUGGUCGGAGAUUCGGUUGACGACAUGACGGCCGGCAGGACGGCCGGCGCGGCAACGGUGCUGCUAGUGAAUGACGUCAAUAGAGAGCUUGCGGAGCAUGCACAUACUGAUCUCGUCAUCAGUCGUUUGGACGAGCUCGUAGACAUUUUGGAGAAUGGGUUCCAGGGUCGCAGCAUCGAUUAA